GAUAAUUUCUUUUCGGAGGAAAAACAAACGCUUUCUAGGAAGGAAGUACUUAAUUGAGUCAUUCAAAAGUUGAAAGAGCGGCCAAUUGCAAUUGGUAACCACCUUAUAGCAGCGUUUCUCGUCGGAAUCCAUGGCGGUCGGAGAAAUGAACAUCGAUUCCGACCUAGACGACGAUGAACUCGCCUAUGACUUGCAAUUGGAAGAAGUCAUUGCCGCUUCACUAAAUCACCUCUCCUCUACUUCCCAAUUUCCUUCACCAUCGACUUCAUCACGGCCAUCGCCAUUUCUCGACGACGAUUACAAGAAUCUCGAUGCGAUUAUGUUAUUGGACAAUGACGCUUUGGAGGACGAGGACGAGUUGGACCAUCGGCUUCAUGACCUUGUCGCCGGAGACGUUAUCAACGUCUCUGACGACGAGUGGGAUGAGUACGAUUGGUUGUCCUUCCGUACGAGCGUAUCUACUCUCGAUAUGUUAGGUAAUCAUUUUUUUGAUCCCGAAGGUUUCAGAUUGUAUUUCAAGGGUUUGGUUAGCGAAGAGAGUGUCGGAGAUGUAACAGUGAUUGUGGUGGCUGUUUUCGAUCGGAGAAAUAAUUUAUUGAUGGAAGUGAGGAAGCCAUUGGAAACUGUUAGAGAACGCGAGGCUAUCAAUCCCGUGGUUGCUGAGCUUAUGACUUUAAUUGAAGGGCUUGAGGCGGCUCUUGUCUUUCCCUUGGAAAGAGUUUCCAUCUUCUGCGAUGACCGUACGCUUUACCGAUAUGUUACAGACAGAUUAAGGCCAAGAAUGAGCAAGGUUGCACGAUUAGUCGAACGAGUAUCUUUUCUUCGAGGGCACUUCACUUAUUGUGAACCCAUUUUGGUAGAACGUAAUGAUGUGAAAUUUGCCUUUAUGUUAGCAAACGAAGCCAUAGGGUUUAGGGCUGCUGCAGAAACUGAGCACAGCAGGCAGUUGCUAGAGAACUGCAAGAUUUGUUAUGAAGAUAGGGAAUUGGAUCAAAUGUUUACAGUUGAUGGGUGCCUUCACAGAUACUGUUUUUCUUGCAUGAAAAAGCACGUAGAAGUGAAGUUUCUUGGUGGAUCUGAGGCAAAAUGCCCUCAUGAAGGUUGUGAAUCUACAGUGAGUAUUGAGAGCUGUGAUAAGCUUCUCCCACCCAAUGUAAUUGAAAUCAUACAACAACGCUUAAAGGAGUCUUCCAUCCCUUUUUCAGAGAAAGUUUAUUGCCCACAACCCAGAUGCUCUGCUUUGAUGUCAAAAACUGAAGUUUUGGAGUAUACAAAAGACACUCAUGAGAAUGCAGAGCGAUCUGGCGUCAGGAAUUGCAUGAAAUGCCACCAACUUUUUUGCGUCAAAUGCAAAAUCUCCUGGCACAACAGUAUGACCUGUGAGGCCUACUGGAAGUUAAGCCAUAACACUCAAACAGCAGAUGCGAAGCUGAAGACUCUGGCCAGAGAGAAUUUGUGGCAACCAUGUGCAAGAUGCAGCCAUUUGGUUGAACUUGCAGAAGGAUGCUACCACAUCAUUUGCAGAUGUGGGUAUGAGUUUUGCUAUUCUUGUGGAGCUGAGUGAGAGAACAAGCAACCGACGUGUUCUUGUCCCAUAUGGGACGAACAGCACAUCAUAAAUGAUGCACUUUAAAGGAUCGAUGGCGGUGACAUCUUGUGACAUUUGCUUGAAGAAUUCUUAUGGAUUCUGGUAAAUAUUUUUCACUUUCCUAUGGAAUUAGUUAAGAUUAUAGUACCUGCAGGCUGCAAUAUUUAAAAUUACUUUCAGUGUUGACUUUGUUCUUUCUAUUGAAUCUUGAUAGUUCUAGACAUACUUAUAUAGGAGUUCAGCUGGCCUUAGGAAUAUUUAACAAAAAUAUGAGAAGGAAAGUUGCUUUUCCACUUCUCAUAGUGUUUUUCUUUCUUUUAGUUCACUUCUAAUAAUGCUUAUUAUUGGUGCAUUAGUGGUUUAAAUUGAGAUAUUA